AUGGCAGACUUUCAAGCGUUCCUUGACGAUCAAGUCAUCCAAAACGCAAACUUAGUAUGCGAAAUCAACCAACUAGCAAUUGAACUUCGAGUCAAUAUCAAUCAGCAAGAUGAAGUCGACACAAGGAUCAAGACGCUUCUCUUGGACAUGUGCGACUCUAUUGCCAUGCUAAGCAAGCAGAUUCGCCAUCCCGACGUACGAAAUACAGACAUCCUUCCCGUCUGGAGAUCCUUUCUGGCGCCCAUCACGGCCCUCUCUCGGCUUCCGUCGGGACAUUUCCUCUCUGCGCGCAUGGUUCUUUACCUGUCCAGUGGGUUAUUAAAUCAACGCUCUCUAGACCUCAAAUUCUCCAAAAUCGGGUCAGCAGUAGGGGGUCGACCAGUGUUUCGACUGUGCAGGGAGAUUGAUGACACCUUGCUUGCAUCUCUGCGCUGUAUCUGGACCGCGAGUGGCGAGAGUGAACGGUUCGACUGGGUCUUUACACAAUAUGCUCUACAGCCUGAAGAUGAUCUCCAAGACGGAGCGAGUGGCUCAAGAAAGCUUGCACAAGCGCUCUCGCCGGAGGAACUAGUUGCCAUGGGUGGGAUUGAGGGACGUCGCUUCAUAUGGGCAAUGUCAGCCGACGAGCGACAAGGAGAUCUUGAAGAGUGGAAGCCGUUCCGAGGUAGUCUCCCAGGUGACGCCACAGAACGUGCGAGGUACUCAGUCCCAGAUGACGACCAAGUAAAGCCUGGGGAAUGUUUCUGGAAACAGGUCGGCUCCGAUGGUCCGAUCCGACAACGACUCCGCUACUAUUCCACAGCUUCCGACCACCUCCGCCCAGCCAGUUUCAGACUAGGCUUCUAUCAUGAGCAUAUCGAGCUUCUUGAACGUUCGUGUCGGUUUAUCUUGGACACGCGAAAAACGACGGAGCCGUGCUUGACAGACGCAGAAUAUGACCUAGUGCACAAGGCUCUCGUACAGGUCAACAUGCCCCCGGAGAUACGACGGAAUAUCAUCAACCAUCUAGAGCUUCCAAAGAGACACCCUUACCUCAGGCACUUUGAUAUCGCCAAGGCGUACGCUCCCUAUCCGGAUAAUGAACGGCCUUGCGAAAGGUGUACGGAACCAGCAACGACGGAGAGAGACAAGUUAACCUGUCCGGAAUCAACCUCUUUUGUAUGGAAUUUCGCUCUCAGGGCAUUCCUUACGUUUCACCGACGUUCCAUACUCGGCGACAUCGCGCUCUGCAAGUAUGGCUUUGAUUGCCAGGGUCACCAUCCCGACGAUGACUGGGAGGUCGAAAACGAGGAGGAGUUUGUUAACCUGAUGGAAACAAUCGUCAAGGAACGAUGCGGACAUGGCAUCAAUCUGGACCAAGUCGGUUUAGGUCCAAGUAAGGAAAUCACAGGCAUAAACCAAGAGCAACUUGAAGCACAAGAGCUAAGGCUCAUACAACCCAUGGGUCCCCUUGAGGAUGCAGCAGCCGAGCUGAUAAGCGCCGGUGGCUUCCGUGGGUUGGUUAACUCGAUGCUUUACGGUAGGGUGCUUGUUGCAUUGUCGGCGGAUCGGUACAAGUACCCCGCGCAAUGGGGAUUGGCGAGAGAUCGGAAGGAGUAUCUCAAGGCCAUGCGUCUUAUUUGGAGUUUACGGAAUGAGGGUCACACAACCUCAAGCUGA